UGACGCCACGGGCGCGCGGCGGCCGGGAGCCACCAACAUGGCGGCGGGCGGCGGGCGGCGGCGCGGCGGCACCCGGGGCAUUGGGGCCACCCGCGGCUCGGCGUCGCCGCCUCCGCUCCUCCCCCCUCUCCUCCUGCUCCUCGCCCUCCCCGGCGGCACCGCGGUGGGCGCCGGGGAAAGCGUGAUCCUGGGCAUGAGGCUGGAGGAGAGCACGAAGCCGGCGGCCCCCACGCGAGGCCCGAUCCGCGUGACGGAGGGCAGCGAUCUGGUGCUUCGCCUCUACGGCCUGGGGCUGGGGCCGAGCACCGGGCAGCGCGUGGCCUUCGCCGAGCUGCGCCCCGCCGGCAACGCCUCGACGCCCAACGAGACGUGCCCCGAGCGCUCGCAGGACCUGGUGGUGCAGGGCCUGGUGGGGCAGGGCCCGGGGGGGAAUCCCGACACCUCGGCGCUGCUCCGCGUCCGGGUGCAGCCCCUGCGCAAGGACGAGCAGGCCAAGACCUACGUGCUGUGCACGCAGCGGCGGCCCGGCCUGCCCUGGGUGCCGCACCAAGGCACCGACGGCCGCAUCGUGGUGGUGGAGGAGAAGAAGUCCUUGCUGCCCCCGUGGCUGCAGGUGAUCCUCAUCGUGGGGCUGUUGGUGCUGUCGGGGAUUUUCAGCGGGCUCAACCUCGGCUUGAUGGCGCUGGACCCCAUGGAGCUGCGCAUCGUGCAGAACUGCGGCACCGAGAAGGAGAAGCGCUACGCCAGAAAGAUCGAGCCCAUCCGGAGGAAAGGGAACUACCUGCUGUGCUCGCUGCUGCUGGGCAACGUGCUGGUCAACACCACGCUCACCAUCCUCCUGGACGACCUCAUCGGGUCGGGCAUCGGCGCCGUGGUGGCUUCCACCAUCGGAAUCGUCAUCUUCGGGGAGAUCGUGCCGCAGGCGCUCUGCUCGCGGCACGGCUUGGCCGUGGGCGCCAACACCAUCGUGGUCACCAAGUUCUUCAUGCUGGUGACGUUCCCCCUCUCCUACCCCAUCAGCAAGCUGCUGGAUUACAUCCUGGGCCAGGAGAUCGGCACCGUGUACAACCGUGAGAAGCUGGUGGAGAUGCUGAAGGUGACGGAGCCCUACAACGACCUGGUGCGGGAGGAGCUCAACAUGAUCCAAGGGGCCCUGGAGCUGCGCACCAAGACGGUGGAGGACGUGAUGACCCCGCUGCAGAACUGCUUCAUGAUCAACAGCGACGCCAUCCUGGACUUCAACACCAUGUCGGAGAUCAUGGAGAGCGGCUUCACCCGCAUCCCCGUCUACGAGGAGGAGCGCUCCAACAUCAUGGACAUCCUCUACGUCAAGGACCUGGCCUUCGUCGACCCCGACGACUGCACGCCCCUCAAGACCAUCACCAAGUUCUACAACCACCCCGUCCACGUCGUUUUCCACGACACCAAGCUGGACGCCAUGCUGGAGGAGUUCAAGAAGGGAAAGUCACACCUGGCCAUCGUGCAGAAGGUGAACAACGAGGGCGAGGGGGACCCCUUCUACGAGGUGCUGGGGCUGGUGACGCUGGAGGACGUCAUCGAGGAGAUCAUCAAGUCGGAGAUCCUGGAUGAGUCGGAUGCUUUUGCAGCCGAUGAAAACCGCAGCAAGAAGCGGACGGGCAACCAGAAGGGCAAGCGGGACUUCUCGGCCUUCAAGGACCCCGUCAACGAGCAGAAGGUGAAGGUGUCCCCGCAGCUGCUGCUGGCUGCUCACCGCUUCCUCUCCACGGAGGUGACGCUCUUCACACCCAACUUCAUCUCUGAGAAGAUCCUGCUGCGGCUGCUCAAGUACUCAGACGUCAUCCAGGAGCUGAAGUUUGACGAGGAGAACAAGAAAUCCCCGCACCACUUCCUCUACACCAAGAACAAGGCUGCCGACUACUUCAUCCUCAUCCUGCAGGGCAAGGUGGAGGUGGAGGCCGGCAAGGAGUGCAUGAAGUUUGAAGCAGGAGCCUUCUCCUACUACGGGGUGAUGGCCAUCAGCCCGCCUCCUGUAUCGGAGACCCGCUCCCCGUCCCACGUCAGCGGCCUCAACCGCUCGGCCUCGCUCAGCUGCCACGAGCGCUCCGACUCCGUCUCGUCCCCCAUUGGCGGCAGCAACAACCAGCUCAGCGCCGUCGCCCCGUACAUGGCCGACUUCAGCGUCCGCGCUCUCAGCGACCUGCAGUUCGUCAAGAUCACGCGGCAGGAGUACCAGAACGGCCUCACCACGUCCCGCAUGGACAGUUGUCCCCAGUCCCCGGACAGCGGCGCUCCCAAACCCGAUCUCCCGGAGAAAGCGGAGCCGGCCGACGAGACCACCAGCCUGCUGAACGAGAGGAACUGCCUGGGCCGCCGCAGCACCCACGGCCCCAUCGAGAACUCCAUCUGAGCCGCCCGCGGGCCGGGGACGCGCUGGGAGCCGCGGGGACGCGCUCCGCACACGGUUCCGAAGGGAGCGGCCGCGGCGGAGGAGGGAGAGCCCGGCCCGGUGCUGCUGCUGCUGCUCGGGGAUGGUCGCUCGGCGGAACGCAGCGCGGCGGAGGCGGAGGGCCCGGUGUGGCCGAGGCCUCCGCUCGGUGCAGCUCAGGGAGUUCGGGUCCCGCGGGCCGGGCCUCCCCCCGGGCCUCCUCCUGCCGAAACCGGGCCCAGGCCGCGGCGGGGCCCGCUGCCGCCAUCUUCCCCUUCCCCCUCUGCCCCACCCCACACGAAUGAUGGAAGCGAAGCGGAGGAGGGGGUGACGUGACUCAGGGAGUGCCACGGCCCCGGGGCGGGGGCUCGGGGGGGCACACAGCUAGCGACCAAAGGACGGCGGAGGGCAGCCCCCUCCCCAGGGGGUUCCUCCCAAAGCGGACCCCCCCACCCCCUCCCAGCGCUGCUCCCCAGCCCCACAAAGCACAAUCCCCGGUGACCGCCAUUAAGUUAUUGGGAGAAGGGGAAUUAAUUGCGUUAAUCACAUCGUGACGAUCAGGGCCUGGUUCUGCUACGGGGAGACGCUAGGAAUAAUAAUAAUUAAUAAUAAUGAACCACGGUGAAAACCCUUUUUUUAUUAAAUCUUCCUCUAUGCAACCCCCCCCCCCACCCCCCUGCUCGAGAAUCUGUAUUUAUUUUCGCAUCAGGUUUGAUUUGUAUAUUUGGGGAGGGAGCACUGGGCCCUGCGCAGCCCGCUGCAGCCCCACGCCCCUCCCCUCCGGGUUGUGGAACGGAUUAUGGAACUUUAUUUUAUUUUUUUGCCGGUUGGUUAAUAAAAUUCUCUAUCUUUUG